AUGUUGCCUACUAUUCAAACCAAUGAUUCAACAAUCGCCGAGUUAAAAACCACCACCACGCAAAUAAUUAGCUCCAGAAUCACCAGGAAAGUAGUUCAUUUCAGUAACGAGACCAACGACACAAAUGACGAUAGUAAUGUUCAAUUUAUGUCACCGUGUAAAAAAUUGGUAUUUAAUAGGAUUGAACCCGUACUAGCGUAUAGUGAUAAAUUAGGAACUAUUACUCCUAAAAAGUAUGAUGAUCCAAAAAAGGAUCGAUAUGCUCACCUACGUCCGUAUCGCCCAUAUGGGUUCGUAGAUGAAAACUACCCUUCCGAUGGUGAUUUAUUUCAACUCAUACAACUCGAUUUAGCUUUUUGUAAAAAUUACGAAUACCUUCGUCAUAGUGAAAAUUUAUAA